CGGCGGCGGCGGCGGCGGCGGCGGCGGCGGAAGCCUGGUGCCCCCGCCCGCCGGGUCCUCUCGGACAGGCGGAGGCAGCGCCUCGGGCCCGGCCGCAGCGGAGCGCGGUGCACGGGGCGGCGGCGCGGGGGGCGCAGGGGGCGCGGAGCAAGCGGGCCCGCCCGGGCGCCGCCGACCCGGCCGAGUGGACGGACGGCCGGACGCGGCCGGACGCGGCCCCUCCCUGCCGCCGCCGCCGGGCCCGGGAGCGAUGACAUCGACGGGGAAGGACGGCGGCGGGGCGCAGCACGCGCAGUAUGUGGGGCCCUACCGGCUGGAGAAGACGCUGGGCAAGGGGCAGACAGGCCUUGUGAAGCUGGGGAUUCACUGUGUCACCUGCCAGAAGGUGGCCAUCAAAAUUGUCAACCGGGAGAAGCUCAGCGAGUCAGUGCUGAUGAAGGUGGAGCGGGAGAUUGCGAUCCUGAAGCUCAUCGAACACCCUCACGUUCUCAAGCUGCACGAUGUUUAUGAGAACAAAAAAUAUUUAUACCUGGUGCUAGAACACGUGUCUGGUGGGGAGCUCUUUGACUACCUGGUCAAGAAGGGGAGGCUGACCCCCAAGGAGGCCCGGAAGUUCUUCCGGCAAAUUAUCUCAGCGCUGGACUUCUGCCACAGCCACUCCAUAUGCCACAGGGAUCUGAAACCAGAAAACCUUCUGCUGGAUGAGAAGAACAACAUCCGGAUCGCAGACUUCGGCAUGGCCUCGCUGCAGGUUGGCGACAGCCUGCUGGAGACCAGCUGCGGAUCCCCCCACUAUGCCUGCCCCGAGGUGAUCCGGGGGGAGAAGUACGACGGCCGCAAAGCAGACGUGUGGAGCUGCGGCGUGAUCCUCUUCGCGCUGUUGGUGGGGGCGCUGCCCUUCGACGACGACAACCUGCGGCAGUUGCUGGAGAAGGUGAAGCGGGGCGUGUUCCACAUGCCGCACUUCAUCCCGCCCGACUGCCAGAGCCUGCUGCGCGGCAUGAUCGAGGUGGACGCGGCGCGGCGCCUCACGCUAGAGCACAUUCAGAAACACAUAUGGUAUAUAGGGGGCAAGAAUGAGCCAGAGCCGGAGCAGCCGAUCCCCCGCAAGGUGCAGAUUCGCUCGCUGCCCAGCCUGGAGGACAUUGACCCUGAUGUGCUGGACAGCAUGCACUCGCUGGGCUGCUUCCGUGACCGCAACAAGCUGCUACAAGACCUGCUGUCCGAGGAGGAAAAUCAGGAGAAAAUGAUUUAUUUCCUCCUCCUGGACAGAAAAGAAAGGUACCCCAGCCACGAGGAUGAGGACCUUCCUCCAAGGAAUGAAAUUGACCCUCCUCGGAAGCGCGUAGACUCCCCCAUGCUGAACCGGCACGGCAAGCGGCGGCCAGAACGCAAGUCCAUGGAGGUGCUCAGCGUGACGGAUGGCGGCUCUCCGGUGCCCGCUCGGCGGGCCAUUGAGAUGGCCCAGCACGGCCAGAGGUCCAGGUCCAUCAGCGGUGCCUCCUCAGGCCUCUCCACCAGCCCUCUCAGCAGCCCCCGGGUGACCCCUCACCCCUCUCCAAGGGGCAGUCCCCUCCCCACCCCCAAGGGGACGCCUGUGCACACGCCCAAGGAGAGCCCAGCCGGCACGCCCAACCCCACACCGCCGUCCAGCCCCAGCGUUGGAGGGGUGCCCUGGAGGACACGGCUCAACUCCAUCAAGAACAGCUUCCUGGGGUCGCCCCGCUUCCACCGCCGGAAACUGCAAGUUCCAACGCCGGAGGAGAUGUCCAACCUGACCCCCGAGUCAUCCCCAGAGCUUGCCAAGAAGUCUUGGUUUGGGAACUUCAUCAACCUGGAGAAGGAGGAGCAGAUCUUUGUGGUCAUCAAGGACAAGCCGCUGAGCUCCAUCAAAGCCGACAUCGUCCAUGCCUUCCUGUCGAUCCCCAGCCUCAGCCACAGCGUCAUCUCCCAGACCAGCUUCCGGGCGGAGUACAAGGCGACUGGAGGCCCAGCAGUGUUCCAAAAGCCUGUCAAGUUCCAGGUGGACAUCACCUACACGGAGGGUGGUGCAGCGCAGAAGGAGAACGGCAUCUACUCUGUCACAUUCACGCUUUUGUCAGGCCCGAGCCGCCGCUUCAAGAGGGUGGUGGAGACCAUUCAGACCCAGCUGCUGAGCACACACGACCAGCCCUCCACCCAGCAUUUGUCAGACACCACUAACUGUAUGGAAAUGAUGACGGGGAGGCUUUCCAAAUGUGGCAGCCCAUUGAGUAACUUCUUUGACGUAAUUAAACAACUUUUUUCAGACGAGAAGAAUGGGCAGGCAGCCCAGGCCCCCAGCACGCCCGCCAAGCGGAGUGCCCACGGCCCACUCGGUGACUCUGCGGCCGCCGGCCCUGGCCCUGCAGGGCACGCCGGGUGCCCACUGGGCAAGGACACGGCCAAGACGGGGCCGCCCGCCGCCCCCCUCGAGCAGCCUUAGACGCUAGCCCCCCACCCCCGCACGGCCCCGACGGUGGCCAGCCACGCCACCUGCCCGCCGCCCACCCAUUGUGGACCCGGGGCCACGCCUGUCUGUUCGUCUAGACCGUCAAGGCCGGGGAGGACAGGACGGGGCGGCGGGGCCUGCUCUCUCGCGCGUGCUCUCUGCCAGUCUCUGACAACGUCACUGUUUCCGCUCUGAUACCAGGAACUGUCCCGAAAAGCUAACAUGGCACCUCCACGACCGUCCUCUGGGCCCCGCGCCGGCGCCGGCUGACCGAAGAAGGCAGCUGCGUGGACCCGCCCCUCUCCUCUCCUGCCGCCGCCGGCCGGGUGGCAAGGCUCGCCUGCCCACCUGCGCCUCCGUCCGCCCGCCCGCAUGGCGGCUCUGCCUGCUUUCGGCUCCCAUGGCCACGGGGAGGAGGACCUGGCUCUGUGGGGAAGCGCCUCAGCCCAGCCAACCAGACUCCCAGUGACCAGAGCCCCCAGCCGGGCUGACCCAGGCUGGCCUCCAGGCGGGGCCCAUGGUGGGUGAAGCAGCCCGGACGCCGGCUGGCCGCUCGCAAGCUCUCUGGCCCCGCUCCUCCCCGAGCACCUGCUCGUCUGCCAUGCCGGCCACCACCUCCACCGCUCGGCCUGGCUGCAGAGCGCUCCACGCUCCCGGCCUCCUUCCUGGCUGCGGGGAAGUAGACCCGGAGGCUCCAGAGCCGCCUGCCUGCCUGGGCUGGCCGAGAUCAGUAUUAUUUAUUUGCUCUUUUAACUUACUUUCUUUACUUCUCUGUUCAGGGAAGGGGCGGUAGCAGUGUUCUCUGCCGUCUGUCUGUCUGUCUGUCUGUCUCGGCAGGGUGGGUCUGGGCCGAGGUGCCCUAAGGACAGAGCCGCUGGAGCGCUGGGCGGCGGGGCGGGCUGGUGGGUGCAGCGCCGGCAAGCUACUGUAAACUUAAAGAAUUCCUGCAAGAUAUUUUUAUAAACUUUUUUUCUCGGUUGUUUUUGGAAAAGUGAGGGGAACCGCGGGGGCAGGUCUGUGCUGGGUUCCUCCCGCUUGGUUCUUUCUAUACACACACACAUAUAUAUAUAUUUAAAGAACGGCGGUGCGCUUGGCCAGGUUCUGUCCGGGGGCAGGGUGGGCACAUCUCGUGGCAGCAUGAGGCCCAGGCUAGGUCCAGCUUGGUCUUGUGACGGACAGCCAGCCCCGAGCUGGCCCCCCUCCCAUAGGACAGCAGGGACACCGCAAGGGUUUUUUACUAAAAUGACAAAAAAGAAAAAAAAAAGGACAGAAAGAGAAACUUCGCAGCGUCCUCUGCAGUGAGUGCUGUGUGCGCAGUGAGGUCUCCAGGCGCCGCCCGUGUGGUCGCCCGGCUCUGCCGGUUUCCCCGCCAGUCGCCUGGCCCGUCGCUGGCACAGACCCCAGGCGUAGGCGCUGGCCGCAGGUGUUGAUUGCAUGCCUUUGCUGUAAUGAGUCCAUUUGCUUUUGGUGUCUCUCCCGCCUCCCUGCCACCCUGCCUCCCCUCCUCCUGGGUAGAUUUUAACGCUUCUGUUACAUUGACCCCCACAACCACAGGCUGGCAUUUCAAUACACAAGAAAAAUUAAGCACCUAUAACAGCAAAAGCCACGCAGUACGAGCGGGAGGGGCUUCUCCAGAGACAGAGGACGCCGAAAGCAAUACCUCUUGUUAGCCUUCCUCUUUUGUACUUGGGACACACACAGACGUCACGGAAACGGACAAGCCCCACCCAGUGUAUCCCCUGUCAAAUAACUGUGAGCAACUUUAGUUCUGGAACAAUAAAUUCCUUCAGUAAAGACACCCGACGCCGGUCUCCGUCCAGGCGGGUGGGUAGCAGGUGGGUGGCAGGCGGGGCAGGGUUGGGGAACAACCUGGGACCAGCUCUAUCCCAGACACGUGCCCUUCUGGGCUCUGCCGGAUGUGCGUGGCCCUCCGUCCUGCCCCAGCUGAAGAGGACAGACCCCCACCGGCCGCUGGUGCCCCAGCCUGAGCCUGGCUAGCAUGCUGGGCUAGGCAGGGCUGAGCGGGGACAGAGGCCCAGGAGCACCGGGGUACCUGGAGGCUGACAACUCUGCUGGGGAUGGGGGCACCACCCCAAGACCUCUUGGGGUCACCCCAGCAGCUGGGCUUUCUUCUGGAAAAUGAGUCUACUUUCCACUCCUUUCCUGAGGAGCCCUGUAGCCCAGCUGUAAAGUGAUGGGCCACUGCUGGCAGGCAGCCCCUGGGGACCUUGGGCCAGCCUCUGUCACACAGCCGAGUCCCUGCUCCUGCCUUCCACAGCACCUCGCUGGAGGAGAGGCGUAGGUGUGCCAUGCUUCUCUGAGUCGUGAGCUUGGGGGCCCUGCUGGAAUGACAGCUGCUCCCGCUUAGCUCUAGGCCAGGCUGUGAGAGGGGGUCUGCUGACGAGAAGCUGGGGUCUUCCCCUCUGCCCAGCCUUUGAGGGAAGUGGGUGCCCAGAAGACACUUUGGAGAGGCUGAGGGGGACCAGGCCUCUAUUGCAAUUGCUGGGCUGUGUAGUGUCCUGUGAACUUUAGCUUGAAGAGCAGAGUGAAGGAGGGAAUUUGGUUUCUACAGUUCAGCAAGGCACAUGAUUAUCUGGCUCCUGGGUCUCAGGUUGCUGGCUAUGUGGGAAGUUUUCUUGGCCUGUGGUUUUGCAUCUGCUUUACUGAAAGAGCAGUUGAUACAGACCUCAUCUUCCUCUGCUUGGAUUUGCAGUCUGAAAUGUCAGCCUUAAUGGACAUGUGAUUAGAGACCCCAAAGGAAAAAUCAUAGUACACCCUACAUGCCUACCAGCUUUCUGUUCGCUCACACCAUGCUCCUUUGGAAGGAAGGAGAUGCCUCCUGCAAUCCCACUUCUGACACCAAGCUCUCCUGGUUUUAAACAACAGAAACCAAGGCAACCUAAGCCAGAAACUGUUAGAAUUGAUACUAAUGUAAAAUAAAAUACAAAAACUACCAUGUAAGGACUUGUGUGCUAGACGCUGUUCUGAGCACUUUACACUGAGCAUUAAGCCAGCCUCACACUAUUUCCGUGAAGUGGAAAUUAAAAUGGGAACUCGAACAAAAAGGGUGUGCUGGGGGGUCCAGGACCCACUGAGAGGAUGGCGUCCAGGCCUGCUCUCAGUGCUCAAGUAGCUGGCAUGGCUGGCGAUCUCAGGUGCCUGGCCCAGGAGCUGGGGUGCUGCUGGUAAAUGCACUGUGGUGUGCCCAGCAAAGCAACCUUGCCUGGGUGAGGAAGGAAGGCGUGACUCUAGUCCCUCAAAAGGCUCCAAGUGCUGGCAAGUGGCACAGGCAGGGUACAGAGAGCCCCCACAAGCUCCUAAACUGUGAGAUGUAGCAAGUCCUGAGGUCACACGAAGCCUCAAAGCUCAGGGAAGGGGGGUGGAUCCUCAGAGUCCACAAAGGCCAGCUUCAGGGAGGCCACAGCAGCCCCUAUGCCGCAGAGCUCUCCACUGGAGGUGGCCUGGCCCUUGCUGAUGGCUCUGCCCCCUCACCUUGUGGUCCAGGGCCCACUGCCCCUGCCCUCAUGCAGGGUGC